AUGUGCACACAUACACACCUACACUUUUGUGCCACUCAAUUAAUUACAAUUACACUUUCGCUGAUAGCAACGGCAUUGCUGCAACAAGCUACCGGCGCGCCAGCAUUUGUGUCACACAAAAAUUGCAACGAUGUUGCGAAGGGCACAAUUGUGGCCAAUCCCGGCAAUUGCAGUCAAUAUAUUAUAUGCAAUGGCUUGCGCUCCACGUUGGGGGAAUGCCCUGCUGACACAUACUUCAAUCCAAAUGUAUUGUCCUGCGACAAAACCUCAGUUGCAUGCGCCGUGGGCCGCACAAUAACCGCAGCAACAACAGCGUCGACAGCUUCAAUAACAUUUGAAAUGGACGUAUUGACUUCAUCUGCACCUCCGCAAACUACGCGCCGCCCUGUCAACAGCAUUCAGCCUCCAUCGGGCAACAAGAGUCCCAGCGGCACAGCUUUGGCGGAGAAUCCCUCUUUGUCAUUGAUACCAAGCUAUGAGCGUCCCACUUGUACUAUUGGCUUCGAUCACCAAUUCCCACAUCCCAAUAUUUGUGAAUAUUAUUUCCAUUGCAUUAGCGGUUACCUGAGUGUGCGCCGUUGCCAUUUCGGUUUUGGCUGGGACUUGGAUCGUCAACAUUGUGUGCCAUUACAGCAAGCGAAAUGCGUCCGCCCAUAA